CUGGAGUGGACCUACGAGCGACGACGGGAAGCCCAGAUGAUCCUGCCCUACCUCUACCUCGGUCCCAUGACCGCGGCAAAAGACGAGGCGUUCCUGCGCGGAGACAAGGGACAUGCGGGCGCACCGGGUGGCAUCACGAUGGUGCUGGGAGUGAGGCAGAAACACAGCUUUGAGAGCAAGCUCAUGACCGGUGCACUGCGGAAGGCGCAGGAGGCGGGGAUUGAGUGCCACACCGUCGAUUUGGCCAGCAAUCAGGACCUGAUCCAUAACUUCCCGCAAACGACAGCUCUGAUACUUGAUCACAUGACGCGUACGCCCCACGCAACGGGGGGGUUGGGCAAGGUGCUUGUGGUAUGCGAAAGUGGUAACGAGCGGAGUGCAGGCGUGGUGGCCGCAUACCUCAUGGAGACGCAUACAGAUGUCGAUUACAUCAAAGCUAUGCAACUAGUCCAAGCGCAACGCUUUUGUGCGAACUUCGACGAUGCGAUGAAGCGCCUUCUGCAGGGCUACUGGGACAUUCUGCGUGCAACGAGGGAAGUG